CCCCGGUUCACACCCCUAGAGGGAGGAGGGUUUUUCGUAAAACCCUAUAAACCAGCCAGCACAAGAUAGGAAAAAAGAAACGUAAUAAUAAACCUUUGAGAAUUCAUGGCGAUGUUAAUUAGACGAGCAUUAGUUUCUUACCGCAACAUCUAUGGUGCAUUACGGGCCACUAAUUUGACCCGUUUCUCCUCUUUGGGCGGGCCCAAUUCAAGUCCAUUUCACAAAGAAACAACUGUUCCUUUUUCUAUGCAACAGACCAACAAUUUUAUACUUGAAAGUCGAAGGGGUUUUGCUAAAGGAAGAAGACAAAUGAGGGAGGAGGUAGAUGACGAUGAUUAUGGAAAUGCACCGGCAGCUGUAAACGUGGGUCCUACCAUUAAAGCUACUGCAGUCUCACAGAUGGAAGCAGCAAUUGAUGCACUAUCGCGAGAAUUGACCAAGCUGCGAACUGGAAGAGCAUCAGCUGGGAUGCUAGAUCAUAUCAUUGUUGAAACAGGAGGUGUUAAGACACCUCUUUGCAGGAUGGCUGUCAUUUCAGUGCUAGACCCGAAAACCUUGUCAGUGAAUCCUUAUGAUCCGAAUACCCUCAAAGAGAUGGACAAAGCCAUUAUUUCAUCUCCAUUGGGCUUAAAUCCUCAAUCAGACAACCAGAGAUUAAUUGUACCAAUACCUCCGUUGACUAAGGAGCAUGUACAGGCUGUAUGCAAAGUGGUCGCAAAAUCAUCUGAAGACGUUAAGCAAAGUAUAAGACGAGCCCGCCAGAAGGCUUUGGACACUAUAAAGAAAUCUGUGCCCAAAAAGAAAGACAAAGACAAGUCAGCUUCAGCUUUCUCAGAAGAUGAUGCAAAAAGACUGGAGAAAGAAAUUGAUGACUUGACUAAAAAGUUUAUAAAGUCAGCAGAAGAUAUGUGCAAGUCGAAGGAAAAAGAAAUAACUAGCGCCUGAGAGUUUUCAUUUCAUCUGAGGCUCAUGGAAAGGUUCAAUUUUUUGGCGGAAGCUAUUGAGGGAACUACUUAAGCUCCAGAAUUCUUGUUUUCAAAGUCGGAAAAAGAUAUCAAGACAUGUUACAAGUGAUUAUGCUGAUACUUGAAAGAAAAUAUUGUAUUUCGUAUAAUGUAUGCUGUUGGUUUUAGCUGUUUACGUCCACGAUCAUAUAUCAUUUCAUUUCGUGACAAGUGUUGAGAUAAUGUAACAUUACUUUUAAUUCAAAAACCAUUUGUUCU